CAACUGCGUUGCCGUUUCCUCAAUUUGGGCUGCUCCAUUCAGUAGCAUGUGUUCAGCUCACCUCGCCCUCACUGUCAUGCACCACCUGCAUGUCUUUUCCCAUACGUGUAAUUCUGUCGGAGACAUGUAGGGGGUAAGCCGGCUCAUUGGCAUUGGCCAAAUAGUCAGUUAAAUGGAAACUUCCUAUUUUCAAAGCAGUUUUUCUGAUAUAAUCUCCACAUAUUCACAGAUAUUCUGUACUUUAUUAAUAAAUGUAACAUUCUGUAAUGUCGUCGUUUUGUAGUCGAGUACAGUUAUUUUUGUUCACAGUCGUGUGGUGAACCUUGGGUAUUCAACUUUGCCUUGAAUCAUUGAGGAUCGUUGUAGAUUGUGAUUAAUGUUUAAUUCGUAACUGUGAAGUACUAUAUAAAGACUGAAAUUAAUAGUUUAAAUCUGGACGUAUAUUCGAGAGAUUAUCAAGAGUUCUGCCACGAAAGACUUCGUAAUCGUUAAAAUGUCCACAUAAGUUCCCAUCAUUCCCAUACCCGAUUGCAGGGUAUGUUACGGGUCACCAUUUGCAGCGCUGUGUUGUUUCAUGUGUGUCUCUUGUCGUGUGAAUACAACGGGGGGAGUUUGGACUCCAACAUUUCGUCAAUGGCAGUGCAGAAGCAGUACUUCACAUUGAACACUGGCCAGAAAAUGCCAAUGGUUGGAUUAGGUACAUACAGGAUUCAUGGCCAAAGUGUAAUACAUAGAGUUAUUGAGGCUGGAUUGAAGGCUGGUUAUAGAGCAUUUGACACAGCUGCUGUUUAUCGAAAUGAGGAAGCGAUAGGGCUAGCUUUGAAGACCCUGCUACCAAAAUUCAGUCUCUCCAGGGAGGAUAUAUUUUUGACAACAAAACUUGAUCCAGGUGACCAUGGAGUGGGUACCACUACGAAGGCUGUGAAAAGUUCGUUAAAGAAGCUCGGUACUUCCUACGUGGAUCUGUACCUGGUUCACUGGCCAGGGGUAUCCAGGUUACCCGUGUACAGUCCUGAUAAUGCCAUAAUUCGUUCAGACACUUGGCGUGAGUUGGUGACACUGCAUCGGCAAGGACUGUUGCGUGCCAUCGGGAUAUCCAAUUACACUGUGCAGCAUCUAAAGGAGCUCAUUGAAAAUUCUCACGGGGUCAUUCCUGCUGUAAAUCAGGUUGAAUAUCAUCCUCACUACAAACAGCCUGAAUUGCUGAAGUUCUGCCAAGAUCGAGGUAUUCUGUUGCAAGCUUACUGCUCACUUGGGGGCUCCUCAGACCGGCGUCUGUUGGAAGAUGCUACGGUAGGAGCCGUUGCCAAGAAACUUGAUCGGUCUCCAGCGCAGGUGUUGUUAUGUUGGGCUUUACAGCAAGGCAUUGGUGUCAUUCCAAAAUCUGUGAGCCCAGACCACAUUUCCGAUAACAUAAAGCUGGAUUUCAUCAUUUCUGAGAGUGAUAUGGUUACGCUGAAUAGUAUACCGGUUGUGGAGAAGUAUGCCUGGGACCCCACACCAGUGCUCUAACCGCACCAUUUCUUC